UCCAGCAGAGAGAACAUCCGAGCUUAUAUCUGAUAAGAUCUAUUAUUUUGGUGGAUAUGGAAUUAAUGGCGCAAUGAAUGAUUUUUUUUAUAUUGACUUGACGCAGCCAUUUUAUAGUUUUUCACCUCCAUAUCAAUUCAUAACAUAUUUAGAUUUUAGGGGUGGAGCUAGUGCUAGUUCUGAUACAAAUAAUAUAUAUGUUUUUGGUGGUUAUAGCAGUACUGGUUCACCUUCUCGUGAACUUUAUAUAAUUCAAUCACUUUCAACGGAUCCAGUAAUAAAUUACAUUCAAGAUACGAAUUCAACACCGCCUAUGAGAAAAUGGCAUACUUCUGUAAUUGAUCAUGCGAAUAAGAAAAUGCCGGAGAAACCAAAGAGAAUCUUAUGCAAUAGUUGUAUUCAGGGUAAUAGAAAAUUUACUGGGAAAGAUACAUCAGUUAUAUUUUCCUAA